GAAAUCACGUGCGAUGCGUGCUUCUCUCUGACACGUCCUUCUUCUUUUACAACUAUUGCACUGUGCUCUCUCUCUCUCUCUCUCUCUCAACAAUGGCAUUCGCGCUUCUUCUUCUACUACUACACCACUCCACUACCCUUCUUCAUCAACUCUCUUCAAUGGCAUUCUUUACAUGCUCCACUGUUCUCAUCGCAUUCCUGUAAACACACACUUUCAUUCAUUCUUCACUCUUUCUUUCUCUUCCAUGGCUUUUCCUUUCAACAUUCUACUACUCUCCUACCUUCUCAUUUUCCACCUAUCUUACGCCAUUCAAUCUAUUAAUCAACAUAACCCAGAAAAGCUUUCUCUCCUUUCUUUCAAAUCCUCUCUUCAAAACUCUCACUUUCUCUCUUCAUGGCACCCUGCUACUCCACAUUGUAACUGGCUUGGUGUUAAAUGUCAACUCGGCCGAGUCACCUCGCUCUCUCUUCCUUCUUCUUACCUUCAAGGAAAACUCUCUUUCUCUCUUUCAUCUCUCUCAUCUCUCGUUCUUCUCAACCUUGAGGAUAACCAACUUUCCGGUGAAAUCCCCGGCGAACUUGGUGAGUUGUUUCAGCUGCAAAUUCUAAGACUCGGUUCUAACUCGUUCGCCGGAAAUAUUCCACCGGCGUUGGGGCUUUUAACGAAGCUACGUACACUCGACCUAUCCGGUAAUGCACUUGCCGGUGAAAUACCGGAGAGUAUCGGAAACUUGACUAGGCUUCAAUUUCUUGACCUUAGCAACAAUUUUUUAUCAGGUUCUCUUCCGUUAACUCUUUUCACCGGAACGCACUCUUUGAUUUCUAUUGAUAUUUCGAACAACUCGUUUUCCGGCGAAAUUCCGGCGGAAAUCCGAAACUGGAAGAAUCUGACUGCACUUUACGUUGGGAUAAACAAGUUGUCUGGUACAUUCCCUAAGGAAAUUGGAGAGCUUUCGAAGCUUGAAGUUUUGUAUUCACCUUCUUGUUUGAUUGAAGGUCCAUUACCUGAAGAAAUGGAAAAGCUUGAUUCGUUGACCAAACUUGACCUUUCUUAUAAUCCUUUGAGGUGUUCAAUCCCAAAGUUUAUUGGGAAGUUGAAGAAUUUGAAAAUUUUGAACCUUGUUUUUUCUGAGCUUAAUGGGUCAGUACCAGCUGAGCUUGGAAAUUGUUCAAAUUUAACUUCUGUGAUGAUUUCUUUCAAUUCACUUUCUGGGUCACUACCUCAAGAGCUUUCUCAGCUUCCUAUAAAAACUUUCUCAGCUGAGAAGAAUCUUCUUCAUGGUCCUUUGCCUUCUUGGCUUGGAAAAUGGACUAAUGUUGAUUCUCUUUUGCUUUCGGCGAACCGUUUUUCGGGUGUGAUUCCACCUGAGCUUGGGAAUUGCUCUGUGAUGGAGCAUCUCAGUUUGAGUAGUAACUUGUUGACAGGUACCAUACCCAAGGAGCUUUGUAAUGCUGCUUCACUUUUGGAGAUCGAUCUUGAUGAUAAUUUCCUUAGUGGUACAAUUGAGAAAGCAUUUGUGAAUUGUAAGAACCUUACACAGUUGGUUUUGAUGAACAAUCAGAUUGUUGGUUCUAUACCACAAUACCUUUCUGAGCUUCCUUUGAUGGUGUUGGACUUGGAUUCCAACAAUUUUAGUGGAAAAAUACCUUCUAGUUUGUGGAAUUUAUCAACACUGAUGGAAUUCUCUGCUGCCAAUAACAACUUGGAAGGUUCUCUUCCUAUGGAGAUUGGGAAUGCAGUUAUUCUACAAAGACUUGUUCUUAGCAAUAAUCGUCUUACGGGUACUAUUCCUAAGAAAAUUGGAAGUCUUGCAAGUCUUUCGGUUUUUAAUUUGAAUGGAAAUAUGCUUGAAGGGAACAUUCCAAUUGAGCUUGGUGACUGCAUUUCGCUCACUACAUUAGACCUUGGAAACAAUCAACUCAAUGGCUCUAUUCCUUACAAAUUGGUGGAACUAAGCCAAUUACAGUGCCUUGUUCUUUCUCACAAUAAUCUCUCUGGGUCUAUUCCUGCUAAGGAAUCUUUGUAUUUUCGACAACUUACUGUCCCUGAUUUGAGCUUUGUUCAACACCUUGGUGUGUUUGAUCUAUCUCAUAAUAGAUUGUCUGGCACCAUACCUGAUGAACUUGGGAGCUGUGUAGUAGUUGUGGACCUAUUGCUUAGCAACAACAUGCUUUCUGGGAGCAUUCCUAGAUCGCUCUCGCGCUUGACAAAUUUAACAACUUUGGAUUUGUCGGGAAACUUGUUGUCUGGUUCUAUUCCACCCGAGCUUGGAGAUGCUGUCACACUCCAAGGUUUAUACUUGGGACAUAAUCAACUCUCUGGUACCAUUCCUGAAAGUUUCGGAAAAUUGAAUGGUUUGGUGAAGCUGAAUUUGACAGGAAACAUGUUGUCUGGUCCAAUUCCUGUUAGUUUUGGGAAUAUGAAGGAAUUGACUCACUUGGAUUUGAGCUUUAAUGAGCUCAAUGGCGAGCUUCCGUCGAUUCUUUCUGGUGUUCAAAGCCUUGUCGGUCUUUAUGUGCAGAACAACAGGCUUUCGGGCCAUGUCGGAGAGCUUUUCUUAAACUCCAUGACAUGGAGGAUUGAGACAAUGAAUUUAAGUUGCAAUUGCUUCGAUGGAAACUUGCCUUGGUCUUUAAGAAAUCUUUCCUACUUGACAAUUUUGGAUCUUCAUCAAAACUUGUUGACCGGAGAAAUUCCUUUGGACCUUGGGAAUCUAAUGCAACUUGAGUAUUUUGAUGUUUCAGGUAAUCAAUUAUCUGGAAAGAUUCCAGAGAAGUUAUGCAGCAUAGUUAAUUUGAAUUACGUAGAUUUCUCUCAAAACAGAUUGGAAGGGCCUAUUCCCACAAGUGGCAUUUGCCAAAACCUAUCUAGAGUUAGAUUUUUGGGAAACAAAAACCUUUGUGGCCAAAUGUUGGGUACAAAUUGUCAAGUCAAAAGCAUUGGUAGAUAUGCAUUGUUUAAUGCAUGGAGACUUGGUGGAAUUGCCAUCACAGUAAUAUUUAUAACCUUGAUCAUUGCUUUUGUUCUGCAUAGAUGGAUUGGCAGGAAGCAGAAUGAUCCCGAGGAACUCGAGGAUCGUAAACUCAACAGUUAUGUGGAUCAGAAUCUCUAUUUCUUGAGCAGUAGCAGAUCAAAGGAACCUUUGAGUAUUAAUGUAGCGAUGUUUGAGCAGCCUCUUCUGAAAUUAACUUUGGUCGAUAUCCUCGAAGCUACUGACAAUUUCAGCAAGACAAACAUAAUUGGAGAUGGAGGUUUCGGAACUGUGUAUAAGGCUACUCUACCGAAUGGAAGAACAGUUGCUGUGAAGAAGCUCAGCGAAGCUAAAACGCAGGGUCAUCGCGAGUUCAUGGCUGAAAUGGAAACAUUGGGAAAGGUAAAGCAUCAAAAUCUAGUUGCAUUGCUUGGUUAUUGCUCAAUGGGUGAAGAGAAACUCCUUGUCUAUGAAUACAUGGUAAAUGGAAGUUUAGACCUUUGGUUGAGAAAUAGGACAGGUGGACUCGAAAUCCUCAAUUGGAACAAACGUUACCAAAUCGCGACAGGUGCUGCUAAAGGAUUAGCUUUCCUGCAUCAUGGUUUCAUACCUCACAUCAUUCAUAGAGAUGUCAAAGCUAGCAACAUUUUACUAAAUGAAGAUUUUGAGCCAAAAGUUGCUGACUUUGGACUUGCAAGACUUAUCAGUGCAUGUGAAACUCAUGUCACAACGGAUAUUGCUGGAACAUUUGGUUACAUUCCACCUGAGUAUGGACAGAGUGGAAGGUCAACAACGAGAGGCGAUGUCUAUAGUUUCGGCGUCAUUUUACUUGAAUUGGUGACAGGAAAAGAGCCAACAGGACCUGAUUUUAAAGAGAUUGAAGGCGGUAACUUGGUUGGAUGGGUUGGUCAGAAGAUCAAGAAGGGGCAGGCUGCUGAUGUUCUUGAUCCAACUGUUCUCGACGCUGAUUCGAAGCAGACGAUGCUUCAAAUGCUGCAGAUUGCUUGUGUGUGCCUCUCUGAUAAUCCUGCAAACAGACCUACUAUGUUUCAAGUUCACAAAUUCUUGAAGGGAAUGAAAGGAGAUCAGUAAUUAAUUAGUUUUAACUUUUAAGUUAUUGUAGUUGAUGUAGUAUUUAUAGUUACUUAACUGCAAACUUUUUUCUAACAAAAGCCUUGAGUUGAAUAAUCUAAUUUAGACUAUGCUUAUCAGAAGUUCUUGUUUGCAAAAUAAUUCAUGUAGAUGUGUAUUGAGCUCAUGCAUAAUCAGUAACAUAUGUUGUUUA